UAAAUAGUUGUGCACUUCUGCCAAAGCCGGCCGAUUGCUGUAUAAGUUUUGAAGAAUUUUUGAUUGCGGAUCUUUCAAUUAUAGUUAUUGAUUGUUUUGAAAACUUAAAUAAGUACACGAAUUCACAUAUUUUUUUGUGUUUAAAUAUGAUCGUAUCAAUGCCGCUACUAAAAUUUAAAGACAAAGUUACUAUAUUUUUUGUUGUUAUUCUUGUUCUUGGAAGUAUUUAUUUUUAUUUAAACCAUUUACAACAAAGUUAUGACAGCGUGCAAUGGUCUGGCGAGCGAUGUUUAUCUGAGCUGACAUCUAUUAAAUAUCAAUUAAAUGUUGUAACGGAGUAUAAGAACCGCAUUGAUAAGUUGCUGACGGAGACACAGAAAGCUCAUGACAUGGAAAAGGAAAGAUUCAAAGAUGUUAUGGACAGCUGUGUAGCCAUGAAACAACAGAGUACAAUAUGCCAGAGUCAAUUUGAAGAUCUACAAAUUGAAUGCAAAAAAGUGAGAGAGGAUUACAACAAGGCAAUCAAGGAAUUAGAAAAACUGAAAUCGGCUGGUUAGAAGAGUUGUCAGAAUAAGCAUUAUAUGAGCCAAAUUUUAAAUUAUAAUUGUGUCAACAAAUAUAAAAUUAUUAGUAUAUUUCUUCCAAUUAUUAAUGUAAAUAUUUAAUCGUCGAUCGAAUAAUUUGGUCAUUGUGAAUAACAUACUGUAAGUCGCUCAGUAAUGUUGAAAGAUGCUUUUAACCAAAUGAUUAACUGUUGUGUAAUAAUAAAUAACAAACUCUGUUGUUUUUGUAACAUUAGUGAGCUGAAUGUUUCUAAUGCUGUUGUAGCUAAUUGUCUAGAUCAACAAACAUUAGAUCUUCUUGAUAUUUGAUAUAUUCGUAUUUAGAUAACCUUAGGAUUGAGUUUCUGCACACAUAAAGGAUGUUGUUCUAAAGGAAAUGUCUAAACAAAGUUAAUAAAUUUGUGCCACUAAGGAGGCAUGGGUCGAUAGAAUAUUAUCAUCUGUAUAUUUAUUGCAUUGUCAACUUGGGUAGAGGUAAGAGGAGAAUUUAAAAUACAUAUUGUAUAUUAAAUAUGGAGUGACCGACUUGUAGAACUGAAUGUCACUGUUAGUUAUCACUAUAUUUUUAAGCACAUGUAAUGGUAGUAUAACUAAAUGUCUAUGUAUUCCUUUUGACACUUGAAAGUACAGACAAAUAUAUUUUAUUAGUAAGCAUAAAUGUUUAAUAUACCCGCACAUAUUUGUGAAAGUAUUUAACUCGUCUCAAGUGUAACCUCAUGUAAUACAAUUUAGUUUCUUCCAAUUUGCAGUACAUGAUUGUGUUAUGUAUAUAAUAUGUACUUUAUGUACCUACAUGUUCUUAGUUAUGCAGGGGAAAAGGAGAUACCUUGAAACAGCGCAGUUUAUCAUAUUUUCAAAGCCACUUCAUGGUCUGAAUAGGGCGUAGGUUUGAACAGUUUCCAGUUAGCCAAAAAUUAAGAUUUCUUUAUAUUUUGUGAAGCUGUUACCAAAAUUGGAAAGAAAACUGGAAAAAUAGUGGUUUUGAUUUUUGUGUUGCGACACAUUCAAAUGUAAAAAAAGUUCAAAGGUGUCUUCUUCUCCUCUAUAUUUUAAUCAUGGUUGAUUUAUACGCUGUAGUUUAACUAUGUAAAAAAUAUUAUAAUUUAAGUGUUCUUUGUAAGACCAAAGAUCUUGAUUUUUGUGUGAAAUAUGGGUACAACUUCAUAUUGACUGAAUGUUUUUUAUUAUUGUAAUAUUCUUUUGUGCUUCCACAUUCCAAGAUUAAUAGCUUAUAGCUGAUUGAAAUUAUUCCUGCUAAGAUUUAAUCAUAAAAACCUAAACAGUAUACACGCUAGUCAAAUCCAGAAUUUUAAUGAUUGCUAAAUUGAAAUAUUAUUUACAAGUUCUACACAGAGAAAACUAACUUUAUUUUGUAUUUUGUGCAGUUUUGCUGGAAAGAUAAUAAUUAAAAUGAAAUUUAUUUAUUGAUAUAUGUACAUUAUACAUAUUUUUUGUGAUAAUGAAUAUUAUUGUGCAGUAGUAUUAAUGUAAAACAAUAAUAUGUUAACACUUUAUUUACAAUAAA